UGCUUUUUUAUUUUCAUAUUUUGCUUUGCGAAUAUUUCACUGCUUUCAAGGCCGACCUCAUGGCCUUCAGUCCUAGGGUUCCACAGUCUCAAGAAGAUUAAGCCCUUCCAUGGAAAUAAGUUCUUGAUAUCAUUUAAGUAUAUAAGACAUUUGAACUUUUCAUGUAUUAGCCCAACUUUCCAUGUAUUAAAUAAUGAGAUUAAGAUGAAAUGGAGGCCGUGGAUCACCACAUGAAUAUUUUUUCUCGUUCUAUAAUUUUUCAUAUUAUUUGUAAAUAGUUGCCUUGAAAAAUAUAAGUACAUUUGCAUAAAAACUGUCUAGGUUCUGAUAACUCAAAUUUAUGUAAAGAGGGAGAUUUUGAAGAUGAGACAGAGAAAAAAUGAGGAUGAAGCUUAAAAAUCAGAAGGAGGGUAGAACAUAGAAAAAAAUUUAAACGCAUAGGGUUGGCCUUAAAAGUGGAGCUAUUUUUCCCUUAGUAGGGAAUGAAAAAUAGACAAUAUAAAGAAUCAUGUUGAUAGAAAAAAGAGAGCCACCGAGUGCAUAUUCGAUGACUUAUCCUUCUGGGUAAAUGAUGUGAGAACCAGGUGAUGGGAAUGAGUUUGGGAAUUUGAAAAGAGGCAAUAAAAUAUGGACGAAUCUCUGUAGGCAGGAUUAAAUUAUGAAUUCAUUUGAGGCUCCAAUUCAAAAUGUGAGAGUAAACUUGUAGGGAACACAUUAGUUACGUGACUAAUGUACUGAGCAGUGCCAUAGGAGGAUUGGAGCAACUGGACAGUUAGGCUGUGUGUUGAAAGCUACAGAAAAUGUUAGUCGAGUAAUAAAAGCACAUGUGUGCUCUAGGGUGUCUGGCAGGGCGCGCUUUAAAUGGUUGGCUGUAGUCUAGGUUACGUGGAGGGUAAAUCAGACAAGGUAGGGCCUGAUAGACAAGAACAAUUAGAAUCAAGGAACUAUUCCAUUAUGGGUAGAGCUGUGUGGAUAAAAGUAACAGAGCAAGCAACCAGGAGGAUGAGGGUGGGCGAAUACCAAAUCCUCUACUCACAUUUUCAGAGGGGAGCAGAGAUAUGGAAAUGAACCCGGCUCAUAUUUCCUGCUGAGCUGUGCAGAAACUGGAAGGGAAUUAUUGGAGCUAUGCUAUUUCUUUCCUAGCCCUAUUUGACCUGCAGCUUGGUGACUUGGUAAAGGUAGUUACAGUUCUAGGUUAAAAAUAAGAUUUCCUUCUUUUUUUUCCUUGCUAGAGAUGUGUUAACAUCUGUAUCUACCUGUUGUUGCUUGGGAAAUGAGUUGAUUGAAAUUGUAGUAGGUUUUUCCCUUGUGAUGGUAGAAGACGAGGAGAGGAAAGAGGGAGACUUGACCUAUUGGUAGUAAUUUCAUUUCUAUCAAAUACAUAAGAUGCUAGUUUUCGGCAUUUUUGGUUCUCUUUUUAGGGCCACACUUGCAGCGAACGGAAGUUCCCAGGCUAGGAGUCAAAUCAGAGCUGCAGCUGCCACAGCCGCAGCAAUGCAAGGUCUGAGUGGCACCUGCAAGCUACUCAAACAGCUUGUAGCAAUGCUGGAUCCUUUAACCCACUGAGCGAGGCCAGCGAUUGAACUUGCAUCCUCCUGGAUUCUAGUUGGAUUCUUAACCCACUGAGCCACAAUGUUUUUGCAUGUUUUAUACAAAGAGAAUCCAGAACUUGUAUCAAAAUGGUCUACAUUAUUGUGUUUAUAUACAUACACACUCACAAAUUCAUAACACAUUGACAGGACAUUUCCUUCAAAUACUAAUAUUUUAUCUAUAUUUCACAGUCAUAUUUGGGGGAAGUUAUAAAUAUUGUUUACUUAUUUAAAAUCUGGCAUAUCCGUUACCGAAUUUUCCAUGUUUAUCUGUUUUAUCGUUAUGUGAUUCAUUAUGUUUCCCUUUGGAGUCAAGGAAUGUUGUGUGAGUAGGUCUCAAAAAUAUUACAGGAAAAGGACAGUCCUAUCAGAAUCUACAAAGUUAUGCAGAACUGGAGUAUUAUUUGCAAAAGCGAAUGUGGAAUAGGACCUCUUUUAAAAAAUUCUGUACCACAUUUUACACAUGCAAAAAUAUACUUGUGAAAAGAUGGAACCUAUCAGCCAGUUUCAACUAACAUCUAGUACCUAGGGGAAUGCAGUGAUUUACUGUUGCUGGAAAGAAAAACAUUUAAUCUUCAUUACGUAUUUGUGGUGAAAAACGUCAUCAAAUGAAAAAACAAAACAAAACAAACGAAAACAAAACUGCAUCAAUGGAAAAUGUGAAGAUAGAGUCAUUUUUGCACUUACACAUUCAUGCGCAUGGUGUCGCUCUUCACUGAAAACAAUUCUGGGAAGAACUCGCUUCCGCUCCUUCCUGCCUGCGGAAAAAUUGGCAGAUAGUGGAAAAUCUCUAGUGUCUCCUAUCUCAAUAGAUGGCCGUGUAAUAAACUUCAGAGGCAGUUGAGGUAAGGUAGUCAAUAUACUUUACCUAUCUCUUAAAUCUUUUGAGUGUACCAUGCUCUUUUCCUGGAGAGGAGGCCCAGGAGCUCGGCUUCGGCUGCUCUCGCUUCUGUUUCUCGCAGCCUGGGAGGCGGGGAGCGGCCAGGUCCGCUACUUGGUCCCGGAGGAGGCCCCACACGGCACCUUCGUGGGCCGCAUCGCCCAGGACCUGGGGCUGGAGCUGGCCGAGCUGGUGCCGCGCCUGUUCCGGAUGGCGUCCAAAGGCGGCGGGGACCUUCUGGAGGUAAACCUGCAGAAUGGCAUUUUGUUUGUGAAUUCUCGGAUCGACCGGGAGGAGCUGUGCGGGCGGAGCCUGGAGUGCAGCAUCCACCUGGAGGUGAUCGUGGAGCGGCCGCUGCAGGUGUUCCACGUGGAGGUGGAGGUGAAGGAUAUUAACGACAACCCGCCUGUGUUCCCUGAAAGUGAAAAAAGAAUAAUUAUUGCUGAAUCCAGACCACCGGAAACUCGGUUUCCACUAGAUGGCGCAUCUGAUGCAGAUAUUGGAGUAAACUCCGCCUUGACCUACCAAGUCUAUCCAAACGACUAUUUCACUUUGGACCCUCAAAACAGCCGUGAACAAACGUCUUCGUUAUCACUUGUGUUAAGGAAAUCAUUGGACAGAGAGGAAAUUCAGGAACAUAAUUUAUUACUGACAGCCAGUGAUGGAGGUAAACCUGAGCUGACCGGCACAGUUCAGCUGCUGAUUACAAUCCUGGAUGUGAAUGACAAUGCCCCAGAAUUUGACCAAUUAAUCUAUAAAGUGAGAAUGUUAGAGAGUGCAUUUAAUGGAACGUUAGUGAUCAAACUAAAUGCCACAGAUCCUGAUGAUGGUACAAAUGCAGACAUAAUAUAUUCAUUUAGAAGACCUGUAUCACCUGCAGUAUUGUAUGCAUUUUCCAUAAAUUCCGACAGUGGAGAAAUUAGGACAAAAGGUAAAUUGGAUUUCGAAGAAAGGAAAUUGUAUGAAAUAUCCGUGGAAGCAAUCGACAAGGGGAAUAUUCCGAUGGCGGGUCACUGUACUAUUUUGGUGGAAAUAGUAGAUGUAAAUGAUAACGCUCCAGAGAUUACCAUCACUUCUCUGGCUCUUCCCAUCCAAGAGAAUGCUCAGGUGGGCACUGUCAUUGCCUUGAUCAGCGUGUCGGACCGUGACUCGGGUGCCAAUGGGCAGGUGACCUGCUCUCUGACGCCCCAUGUCCCCUUCAAGCUGGUGUCCACCUUCAAGAAUUACUAUUCGCUGGUGCUGGACGGCACCUUGGACCGCGAGAGCGUGGCGAGCUACGAGCUGGUGGUGAGCGCGCGGGACGGCGGCUCGCCUUCGCUGUGGGCCACGGCCCGCGUGUCGGUGGAGGUGGGCGACGUGAACGACAACGCGCCGGUGUUCGCGCAGCCCGAGUACACGGUGUUCGUGAAGGAGAACAACGCGCCCGGCUGCCACAUCUUCACGGUGUCGGCGCGCGACGCGGACGCGCAGGAGAACGCGCGGGUGGCCUACUCGCUGGUGGAGCGGCGGGUGGGCGAGCGCGCGCUGUCGAGCUACGUGUCGGUGCACGCGGAGAGCGGCCAGGUGUUCGCGCUGCAGCCGCUGGACCGCGAGGAGCUGGAGCUGCUGCAGUUCCGGGUGAGCGCGCGCGACGCGGGCGCGCCGCCCCUGGGCAGCAACGUGACGCUGCAGGUGUUCGUGCUGGACGAGAACGACAACGCGCCCGCGCUGCUGCCGCCGCCGCCGCCGUCGCCCUGGCCGCCGCACGGGUGGGCCGGGGGCGCGGGCGGCGGGGCGGGCGUGGUGAGGCAGCGGGUGGCGCGGUGGGUGGGCGCGGGCCAGGUGGUGGCGAAGGUGCGCGCGGUGGACGCGGACUCGGGCUACAACGCGUGGCUGUCGUACGAGCUGCAGGAGGAGGAGGCGGCGGCGCCGGGGGGCGCGCGGAGCGCGUUCCGCGUGGGGCUGUACACGGGCGAGAUCAGCACGACGCGCGCCCUGGACGAGGCGGACGCGGCGCGCCAGCGCCUGCUGGUGCUGGUGAAGGACCACGGCGAGCCGGCGCUGACGGCCACGGCCACCGUGCUGCUGUGGCUGGAGGGCGGCGCGGCGCCCAAGGCGUCUUCGCGGCUGGUGGUGGGCCCCGCGGCGGCGGCGGCGGAGGCGGCGCUGGUGGACGUGCACGUGUACCUGGUGGUGGCGAUCUGCGCGGUGUCGAGCCUGCUGGUGCUGACGCUGCUGGUGUACACGGCGCUGCGGUGCUCGGCGCCGCGCGGCGAGGGCGCGUGCGUGCCCGGGCCGGCCCGGCUGGUGUGCUCGAGCGCGGUGGGCAGCUGGGCUUCGUCUCCGCGGCGGCGGCGGCAGCGGUGUGCUCUGGGGAGGGCCCGCCCAAGGCCGACCUCAUGGCCUUCAGCCCCAGCCUGCCUCCGUGUCUGAAUUCUGCAGAGGGAACAGGGGAAAUUGAAGCAGGUUCGGAACAGCUGAAAGAGCCACGGCAGCCCAACCCUGACUGGCGUUACUCUGCCUCCCUGAGAGCAGGAAUGCACAGCUCUGUGCACCUGGAGGAGGCUGGCAUUCUACGGGCUGGUCCAGGAGGGCCUGAUCAGCAGU